AUGGCUUUAGGUGUUAAGGCUUUGAAUAUUUCAUUUGUUGCUCAUUUUCUGGGGAUUGUGGGCGCCGUAUUGGUGUUAAUUUGGUGUAUCAGCUUCAGGGGCGGCUUGGCCUGGGAAGCUACGAACAAGGCUCUCAUAUUCAAUCUUCACCCUGUAUUGAUGCUGAUUGGGUUUAUCAUAAUUGGAGGUCAAGCCAUCAUGAGUUACAAAUCCCUACCGCUAAAGAAGCCAGAGAAGAAACUCGUACAUCUUGUGUUGCAUGCUAUUGCUCUUAUACUUGGCAUAAUCGGGAUAUACACGGCUUUCAAGUUUCAUAACGAGAGCAACAUUGCCAAUUUGUACAGUCUACACUCGUGGCUCGGGAUUGGUGUCAUUGUCCUCUAUGGCAUUCAGAACACGGGCCUCGAAAAAUACGGGCCGGAAGCCUUCCUCGUGAAUUUCACUGCCAUUGUCACAAUAUUAUACGGUACCUUUGUCAUAUUAACCACUUUCUCACAGGCCCAUCAAGAAGAUGAAUACAGUUACUCGGCCAUAUGA